UUAAGGACAUGUCCUCAAACCCAUCUAAGUCUGAAGAGAUUUACGACCUCAUCGAUCCUGCCCUUGACUUUGAGGUACGACCUGAAGUGACAACAAGCAUCACACAUGUAACCAAGCAUGUGUUGCACCCUCAACGCUUCAUACGCUUCUCAAAGUAUAGCAAUCUUGUAAUGGCAAUGGCACACUUGAUCCACAUAGCUCGCUCCUUCUCCCACUCUGCCAACAAUAAGUGUCAUGGGUGGCACAUCUGUCACCCAACGGAGGAAGAACUGACAAAGGCCAAAGUGUGCAUCUUGAGAAGCGUCCAAAACGAGUGGUAUGAAGAGGAGCUGAAAUGCAUAGCCUUAGGAUCCAACAUUCCGUCCUCCAGCAGCCUGUGGAAGCUGCACCCUGUCAUGGGUAACAACGGACUUCUGAGAGUAGGAGGUCGCAUAGGUCUCUCAAAUCUGAACAUAGAAGAAACUCAUCCCAUCAUCAUCCCUGCCCGGCACCAUCUGGCAACCCUGUUGGUCUAUCACUAUCACGAGGAAGUGAAACACCAGGGAAGGCAUCUCACCGAGGGUGCUAUACGAGCUGCGGGAUUGUGGUUGGUAGGAGCAAAACGCUGCAUCAGCAGCCUGCUCUUCAAAUGCGUCACUUGCAGGAAGUUAAGAGGAAAGACAGAGCAUCAACAGAUGUCCGACUUACCAGCGGAACGAUUGCAGGUAGCACCUCCCUUCACAUACAUCGGUGUUGAUGUCUUCGGACCAUGGGAGGUUGUCUCACGACGCACAAGAGGCGGACAUUCCAAUUCUAAAAGAUGGGCAGUAAUGUUCUCAUGCAUGUGUUCAAGGGCAGUGCACAUCGAAGUUAUUGAGGCAAUGAGUGCCAGCAGCUUCAUCAAUGCCUUAAGGAGAUUCUUCGCAGUCAGGGGCCCAGCGAAACAAAUACGGUCAGACUGUGGCACAAACUUUGUAGGCGCCUCUCGAGAGUUAGAGAUGAACACUACGAAUCCGAGCUUCAAAAAUGUGGAGAAGUACCUGAGUACGCAGAACUGCACCUGGGUGUUCAACCCUCCACAUGCGUCCCACAUGGGUGGCGUAUGGGAAAGGAUGAUCGGAAUCGCCCGUCGUAUUCUGGACUGCAUGCUGCUUGAACACAAGAAGUGUCUGACUAGUGAAGUCCUGGUAACACUCAUGGCCGAGGUGGCAGCGAUCAUGAACGCAAGACCACUCAUCCCAGUGUCAUCAGAUCCAGAAUCACCUCUCAUCCUCACCCCAGCAAUGCUUCUCACCCUCAAACCAGUCUCUACACCACCUCCUCCAGGCGACUUUACAGGAGCGGACCUCUUUAAAGAGCAGUGGAAGCAAGUUCAAAACCUGGCUGACACCUUUUGGAGUAGGUGGAGACGAGAAUAUCUCAAGACCCUGCAGUUUCGUCACAAGUGGCAGUCGGAAAGGUCAAACCUUCAAGACGGGGACGUUGUUCUCUUGAAAGACAAUCAGGCUCGGAGAAACGAAUGGCCCAUGGCCAUCAUCACAAAGACUUUUCCAGGCAGGGAUGGACUAGUUCGGAGAGUAGAGGUUGAGGUCUUCAAGGACGGAACUAAAAAGACUUUUUCUCGUCCCGUUACAGAAGUGGUCCUGCUUCUGUCUCCAAAAACGGACUCUUGUUAAGUGAUAUGGGAUCUUUAAAGACCCCAGACGGGGAGUGUUCUGCCCCUCAAAUGCCAUGCUAUGUUUAGUUUUGCAACAGCGCCCCCUUGGGGAAGUUCAGCCAUACAAUAUUGCCAGGGGUCAAGUUGUAAAUCACCCGGAUGUAAUCCGAUGUUAUUUUAUCUGCGUCACAUGUUUAUAGACGGCAGCUCCACUCGUAAUUUGUGUCAUCCUUCAAUGGGUUAACGCAUCGUCUUUUUACAAAUUUCAUUAAAGUUCACGAAAAUACCCACCGUGGAGUUUUUUGAUUGUUUAAGCUGGUUGGAUAGUUAGCGCCCGCGCUAGCGAGACC